UUUUACAACCAAACCUCAACCAUGGCAGUUGCACUGAAGAGACUAUAUAAUUUUUUUCAAACAACUUUCGAGGAUCAUAGAGAUCCAAACAAUGAAGACUUGUUUUGUUGUACAUUCACCUUCUUAUGUACAUUUAUACCGGCAUACUUCGCCAUUGUCAAAUAUAUUGGACCAGCCUUGAUGAAAAACAGACAACCUUUCAACUUAAAGAAUGUUUUAAUUUUUUACAAUUCUAUUCAAAUCAUUUUAAAUUUGUACAUAUUUUAUCAGACCAUUAUAGUAUAUCUAGGAUCUCCAGAUGUGAUAUGCAUCCAAACUACCGAAGAUAGAGUAUUACUAAAGUUGAAAAGAGAAUAUUUAUACCUUAAAAUAUUAGAUUGCGUUGAGACUGUGUUUUUUGUACUUAGAAAAAGCUACAGGCAGAUAAGUUUUCUACAUUUAUACCAUCAUAGUAUAAUACUGUUUGCAGCGUGGUGCGGAAAUAGAUACUAUUGGGGAGAUUCUGUUGUCAUUAUUAUUUUUCUGAAUAGUUUUGUUCAUACAGUUAUGUUUGUUUAUUACCUCUUGACGUCUUUGGAUCCUGAAUGGAAAAAAAACUUAAUAUUGAAGAAAAAUAUCACUUUAAUACAAAUAGUUCAACUGAAUAUUAUGUGGAUAUAUUUCAUCAUAACACUUUUGAAACCAAAUUGUGUUGGUAAGGUAGAUACAUUUGUAGCCUACUUAUGGAUUUUCAACAAUAUUUUUAUGGUUAUAUUAUUUAUCCGCUUCUAUAUUAGAACUUACAUCAACAACAAAAAAACAAAAUAGAUAAAUACAACAAUUUAUUUCUAAUUAUACAAUUUUAGAAUAAGUGUCUAAUAUUUAAUGAAUGUCCACUUUUCUUGUCUUAUCUUGAUGAGGAAGUUGAAAUAUAUUAAGCGACUGAAAUUAUUUCUUGAAUAAAAGUUCUCGAUUUUUGUUAUAGAAUUUAAAAAUAAAAACAAUGAUAUAGG